GCACAAAUUAAGAAAUGGAAAGUUCUCUUGUUGCUGCUUCUGUACGACGUGAAACUGAAGAGAAUGAAGAAUUCUAAGAAAACGGGUGUACGGAAAUACCACAAAUCAGAAAAUCCACGUCUGCGAUGGACACCUGAACUCCAUGAAUACUUUGUUGAAGUUGUGGAAGGUCUUGGUGGAAAAAACAAGGCAACGCCAAAGAGCAUUCUUCAGAUGAUGCAUGUGAAAGGACUAAGAAUCUCUCACAUUAAAAGCCAUCUUCAGGUAGCUUGCUUUUUGAGAUGCCAAAAGCGAAUAUCUGUGAACCUGAAGGGACAUGCGAUUCUGGCAUCAAUACAUGAGCAGGAGAUGGAAGGGAAUGAAAAUGUUAAAGAUCUACCAAUGUGCUCCAAUUGUUCAUCACAAAGUAAAUCUCUAUCGAAAGAAGUGAUAUCAGAGCCAAAGGUUGAUCGUCAGUUUAAGAGUGGUCUUUGUAUCGAAAAUUUUCCUGAAAGUGGGUCAGAGCCGAAGGUUGAUCGACAGUUUAAGAGUGGUCUUUGUAUCGAAAGUGUCCCGUUAGGAUGA